CCGGCUCAACACAGGAAACGCUCUUGGAGCAGGCCUUAAACGCUAGAUUCCAGGCAGAGUUUAACUAACCACUGACAGCUCUGUAAACAAAGCUGGGACAAAAAGAGAACAGCUUUCCCUUUUCUGGUAGUCAUUUUUAGUUGGUGGGCCUGCAGGAGAAUUCUCCUAUAUUUGUCUCGAUAGGAUAUAAAUCAAAGCCUGAAAGGGUUUUGCGCAUGAAGGAGUUAUAAGGGAGCAAAUAUUUUAUGGAGUAAACCUAACAAGAAGAAGUCUGAUUUGGGGGAUUUAUCUGAACUUGAAUAUAUAUCAUGGACGACUUUGAACGUCGCAGAGAACUUAGGAGGCAAAAACGGGAGGAAAUGCGCCUGGAAACAGAGAGAUUAUCCUAUCAAAGAAAUGAUGAUGAUGAGGAAGAAGCUGCCCGAGAGCGACGCAGGCGGGCCCGUCAAGAAAGACUGCGGCAAAAAGAAGAUGAUGGCUUAGGGCAAGGAAUCGAGAAACCUGAAAUGAAUGCCCAAAAUAACAUUGCAGAAGGAGAGUCCAAAAGUACUACAGUGACCACUGUUACGACUACUCAAGGCGAUGGAGAUGAUGAUGCUGUGUUCUUGGAGAGGAUGGCGCGGAGAGAGGAAAGACGUCAAAAGCGUCUUCAAGAAGCAUUGGAGCGCCAAAAGGAACUUGACCCGACCGUUACUGAUGAGACCGUGUCCUUCACAAGCAGAAAAGUGGUGAAUAACGUGGAGGAAAAUGAGACCCCGGGAAGAGAAGAAAAGGUAGAAACCCACAGAAGACACUAUGAGGUGGAGGAAACAGAAACCAUCACUAAAUCAUACCAGAGGAACAACUUGGAGCAGGAUGAGGAAGAUGAAAAGAAAGAUGAGGAAGACAAAGAAGAUGUGGAAGACCAGAAACCAAAGCCACAAGCCCUAGAGGAGAAUCAGGUAGAACUAACUGUAGAGAAGGAGAAUGUAGACAAUGAGGAGGAAUCUGCAGUCUUGGAGGGAAAGCAUCUUGAGGUAAAUGCAGAGGAGGACAAAUUAGACAAUAAUACCCACGUCCUUGCCAGUUCAAAGGAGGGCCUCAGCAUAACAGUAGUCAUAGAUGAAAAUAAGGAGGAAAACAAUGAGGCAGAAAUGAACCAGAAACAAAUUGAGGAGAGGGAAAGGCUUGAGAGGGAGGAAAGGGAGAGAGCCGAAGCUGAGGAACAGAGGAAAGCGGAGGAAGAAAAAGAGAGAUUGGAAGCUGAGAAAAGAGAAGCUGAGGAGAAAGCGAAGAGGGAAGCUGAGGAGAAAGCAAAAAGGGAAGCUGAGGAGAAAGCAAGGCUUGAGGCAGAAGAACGGGAGAGGGUGAAGGCAGAAGAACAGCAGAAGGCUGAGGAGGAGAGAAAGAGGAUGGAGAAGGAAGAGGCAGAGAAGAAAAAAGCUGCCCAGGAGAAAGAGAGACGGGAGGCUGAGGAGAGGGAGAGGAGGAAGGCAGCCGAAGAGAAAAAAGCAGCCGAGGAACGAGAGAGGGCUAAGAAGGAAAAGAGGGAGGCGGAGGAGAAGGCCAAAGCUGAGGCUAAGAGGGCAGCUGAGGAAAAGGCUAAGCUAGAAGAGGAGAGGUUAAAGGCCAAGCAAAAGGCCGAGGAGAAAAGGGUAGACCAACUGAAAGGCAAGAAGGGGGACGAGAAGAAAAUAGAAGAGAAGCAGGUAAAAGAGAAGAAACUCCAAGAGGAGAAAAUCACAGCAGCUUCCCUCAGGAAACAGGGGGAAGAAAAUAAAGUGGAAGCUAAAAAGGAAAACCUACAGGACAAGAAGCUUCAGCCAGCCUUCAGGAAAGAGGAGAUGAAAGAUAACAAACUGAACAGAGACAAAAUGCCCAAAGAAGAGGCUAAGUCCAUCUGGGAUCGCAAGAAGGGAAUUCCAGAUUCCAAACCACAAAAUGGGGAAUGCAUCCAAGAACUCCCUGCUCACAAGCUGAAGCACACAGAGCAUGCUUUUGGACGACCGGGGUUCAAAACGACACCGGGAACUGAAGACGGCAAACCCCAGGUGGAAGCUGGCAAGAGGGUGGAGGAGUUGCGCCGUCGGCGGGGCGAAAAUGAGAGUGAAGAAUUUGAGAAGCUGAAGCAGAAGCAACAAGUGGCGGCGGUGGAACUGGAGGAGCUGAAGAAGAAGCGUGAGGAACGGAAGAAGAUUCUGGAAGAUGAAGAACAGAGAAGGAAGAAAGAAGAGGCGGAGAGGAAAGUUCGGGAAGAGGAGGAGAAGAGGCGGCUGAAGGAAGAAAUUGAGAGAAGAAGGGCAGAAGCUGCUGAGAAACGCCAGAAGAUGCCAGAAGAAGCCCAGGGUGAUGACAAGAAGCCCUUCAAGUGUUUCACUCCAAAAGGUUCUGCUCUCAAGAUAGAAGAACGUGCAGAGUUCUUGAACAAAUCUGUCCAGAAGAGUGGCAUGAAACCUACUCACACAACUCCGGUUGUCUCCAAGAUAGACAGUAGGCUGGAACAAUAUACCAGCGCAAUUGAGGGCAACAAAGCUGCAAAGGCCACCAAGCCAGCUGCUUCUGACCUCCCAGUUCCUGCUGAGGGAGUUCGUAACAUCAAGAGCAUGUGGGAGAAAGGCAAUGUGUUUGCAUCCCCCUCUGGAAUGGGGACACCCAAUAAGGAAACAGCUGGGCUGAAGGUCGGAGUCUCCAGUCGCAUCAAUGAAUGGCUAACUAAGACCCCAGAAAGCAACAAAUUGGCUGCUUCAAAACCAUCGGACUUACGACCUGGAGAUGUAUCUGGCAAACGCAACCUUUGGGAAAAGCAGUCGGUUGAGAAGACCAGCUCUUCAUCAAAGGUCACAGCAGCUGGAAGGAAGUUGGAGACCAAUGCAGGUUUGAGACAAUUUGAAAAGGAGCCUUAAGGAAGCCACCAAUUAUGCUGGACCAACUCGGUUUUCAAAAACAGAAGUGCUAAAUUUGUCCUUUUCUUUUUAUAUAUAUUUAUGUUUGUUUUUGUUGGUUUACUUGGGAGGGCGGGCGGGGUUGGCUACAUUAUCCCAGUUUUUAAGGAAACCAUGUAUAUUAGCACUGUAUUUAAUAUUCAGUCUUAAAAACAUUUGUCUUAAUAGUAGUGCCUUGUAACAAGAGCCUUAUUCUUCCAAAAAAAAAAAAAAUGCUGUGAAAGAGAGAGACACGUCUACUGAUGAAGUCUAACAAACUGUGUGUCCAGACAAGGAGGAGAGGGGCAUCUGCUGUGCAAACCUUCCACUUGUGGGUCCUAUCCCAAAUAGGUGAGGCAAACAUAGGGCCAGGAUAGGAGGAACACAGGCUGAUUCAUUCACAAGCAAAGCACCUGAAGAGUCCUCAAAAGUCAAGACGGAGUCAACCUCUUUGCUCCUAUUGACUUAUUGUUGAGUGUACAAAGGCGUGGUAUAAUUCCCUAAGCCUAUCGUGGUCUACAGAAUACUAUAUGAUAGCUUCACCAUCUUUGGUGAUCCAUCCAUCACCUUUGAUGGAACGGUGGCCUUUUCCUCCUUUGUUCUCCAACAUCAUGUCACAGAUUAAGAGGAUGCCACAUAUGUUGGAGGAGUACCUAAUCCAUCACUUAUAUUUUGCUUGGGACAUUCCUGUAAGUGGAAAGCAUCUUCUCCAUCCAUAAGGCCAUGUGCAGAGCAAAGGAGUCUUACUUUCCACAAAGGGAACAUAGGAGAUAUGCAAGGAAUGGCACUCGAUGGACCCCACACAAAUACCCUUCCUAUAGCUAAGUGGGAUGAGCCCCAGUUUUUUUUCCCUUUCAGCACUUUAGAGUAAGACAUGGAAGAAACAUGCUGAGUUGGCCAUUUCCUUCCUUAACUAGUCCAUAAUGAAUUAGGAUCAUCAAUACAAUUUUCAUAGUUUUUAAAGUAGCAUUCCCCACUCCCUUUAAUAAGUUAUAGUGAAUACCCUGAAUUUGGACAAUAGCAAUCAGCAGUGGUACUGAUAAUGUUUCUCUCUCUUUUUUUGUUUGUAUUUUAUAAAAACUAGUUAACAGUUUUAGAACAUAUACAUUUCGCUUUUCUAAAUGUUAUGUAUAAGGCACUACUAAUAAUAGAAGGCUUUUAAUACUUAUUUACUUCAUUUAGCUAUAAACUUACAUAACUAGCCAAUAUCACAACCUUUUUGAAAAAAAAAAAGAAUACACACCUUUUAUAUUAAUAUUCCAUAAUUGCCAUUAGGGACAUGGCAAGAGAAGUAUUAGAUUUUUUUAAAAAAAUAAGUUGAGCGAUUAAAAUUAUAGUUUUAAAGAGGGAAGAAAAAAAAGUUUUAGGUCAUAGGUCACAUGUAUAAAACAAUAUAGCUAAUUUAUAUAGAACUACCGUAAUUACCACACAAGAAAUACAUGCACGCACGCUGUUGGUAAUCCUUCUUUCCACCUUAUUGCACACUGAUUUUGCUUUUUAUCAGGUCUGUAUACAUUUCUCAUGUUCUCACUUUCGAAAACAAAAAGGACACCGUCUUUCCUAUUGUCAUACAAUUCUGUCCCUAAGUAUAGUAGACCUUGACCCUAGGUGCACUAAUCAAGGAGAAUCAAGGAUCACUUCCUGUAGGCCAGGUGGUAUCUUCCAGAUGCAUUGAGAAUCUGAGGAGUUGUAAUCUCAACACAUCUGGAAUAUUUCAAAUUGGGAAGGGCUACUUGAUGUUCUUCAACUUUCUCCCUCAAGGAGUCCAAAUGUAGAUAUCCUUUGUCCUGGAGAACAAGCGCUUGCUGAAUUCCAAGCAGUGAGGAAGAAGGCUUCAUUUGAACCCAGAAGCCUCUCCAGAGAGGAUUGUGUCUCAGUCAUUCCACCCCAAAUCUUUAUUUUAACAUCCAUGUUAUUUGACCUGUAUAUAGUAAACUACUAAGUUUGAAUUUACAAAUCACAUGAUGAUUGGAUUUUUUUUUUUUUUACACCAUACGUAGGGGUGAAGUGAAGUGAGCUUUAUUUAAAAUUUAUAGCCCACUCCAAUUGCGAACCAUAGCUUGAGAAUGGUUAAUUUCUGUAUACAGGUUUACAUUUUUAUUGCAUCUGUUUGUCCUUUUUAGUUUUUUUUUAAGGGGUUAAGAUGGAGUAGCAGAAUCCAAGCUCCAUUGCUUUUGUGAAUCAUCAAGUUUACAUAAUGAAUUUCACUAGACCUCACAGAUGGCAUCAGAACCAUAGAAGACAAAACCUUGGAUCUGUUUGUGGUUUGGCUGUUAGUUUGUUUUUUUAAAAUACACUUUGGAAUCCUUACAUCCGAAUAACUACCAUAAACCAAUAAUGCUGAUUUUGUAAUUCACAAUAAAUGGAGUUUGUCUGCCA